AUGUUUGCCCCAGGUCAGGAACAGAUCUCCAAGGAGGAGAUCAAGGCUGGUGAGAUUGAGGCCGCCCAGACUGUCCAGAUGGUUCUCGCUGGCGGUUUCCUCCUCUACCUGUCUCCCUUCGCCGUCGACUUCGUCCGCAAAUUCCUUUGA